CCCUCUGCCGCGAUGAUAGCUGACGAGGCCAACAACAGCGACUAUGCUCAGGUCUGGGAGGCGGUCUUGCAAUACGUGCGAGAGGGAGGAACAUGUGUGGUUAUGGGUGAUUUCAGCUCUUUCGUUAAACCGUUGCUGAUGAAGCAGUUCUUCGCAAAGGCGGGCUUGUUUUGGAACCAGAGCUCCUACCGCCGGGCAGCGCUCGCGCUCAAGCCAAGCACAAUGGGACCGGACUUGGCCGUGAAACUCCCUUCGUGGUAUGGGCCAAAGGCUGUGAGUGUGCAGAAUAAUGUUGCACAUGGCGAUAUCUGGUACCACGCUGAUGAGAUUUCGGCGGUCAAAGAUCUUGGCCUUGACGAUAUGGGAGAGACACCGGUCGCGUUUGCACGAGUUGGAAAUGGGCGGCUCGGAUACGUUGGUGACGUGAACGCCGAGGAGGAUUCAGACACUAUUAUUCUUGCGAUGUGUGGUGUUUUAUAA